AUGGAUGACCCAGUAAAGCGGUUUCACCCUCAAGACAAGGCUGAGCGUCAUCGUGAGGAUCCCCUGGUUCACGAAGCGCCCGAUGACCUGGGUUGCGCAAUUCACCAUCAGUUUCUCUUGAUUGAUAUGUGUGCUUACCGGUUCAUCCAUUGGGAGCUAGCAUGGUGCAACUGCAACGCGUCGCACAAGCCAAAGCUUAAUGAAAUGAAAAAGGGUGAAACAAAAAGGAGGAGAGAUUCGAUGCCCUGCCAAAACCCUCAUUCGAAGGGAAAUGGAACGACUCGACGGCCCGACGGCCUAACCAAAGCAUAUCUUGCCCUAGGCAUAGGUGAUGGUGGUGCUCGCUUAAAAUGCGCGCGCCGUGUGUCUCAGGAGGUGGCAAAAACACGAGCGUGCGACGGGCGCUGGAAUGGUGGUGGCUUGCUGCGCUGUGCCUGCUGCUGGGCAAUUUAA